AUGGUCGAGGAUAAAGUAUUCCUUAAAGUAUCUCCUAUGAAAGGGGUGAUGAGGUUCGAGAAGAAAGGUAAACUGAGCUCAAGGUAUGUGGGUCCAUUUGAGAUCUUAGAAAGAAUUGGGGCAGUUGCUUACCGUUUGGCAUUACCGCCUGAAUGGUUGGGUAUCCAUCUAGUGUUUCAUGUAUCAAUGCUACGGAAGUAUUUAUAUGACCCCUCUCAUGUGAUAGAAACACAGGGGAUUCAAAUAGACUCAGACUUAGCUUACGAGGAAAUUCUUGUAGCUAUUUUGGAUAAACAAGUAAAAAAGUUGCGGUCGAAGGAAGUUGCUUUGCUCAUCGUCGUCGGUGCGCUGGUGGCUGGUUCGUUCGUUUCAGUUAGAGUUCUCCCCUAUUUCUGCGUCAUUCUCCCUUAUACGAGCUCAGCAUUUCACUGGUUAAGGCUGCCGAAAAUGGGUGAUGCUGUUCUUGAGCUGAGGCGAUGCUGA